CCAGCUGCUGUCGCCGCCGCCGUCACAGUUUGAAGAGGGCUGUGAUCCGAGAGUGGCAGGGGAGGGGCCUGAGCCGGGAGGAGGCACAGAUGUCCCGAAACAAAGCUUUGGACCCCUUACCCCCACCCCACUUGGAUGAGACAAGAGGCGAGGAGCGAAAGAAGUGAACUCUCUCCUGCUUUCUGUGCCCGCUCUUAGGACUAAGAUUCCAGAUGGCAAAUUCUAUGAAUGGCAGAAACCCUGGUGGUCGAGGAGGAAACCCCCGAAAAGGACGAAUUUUGGGUAUUAUUGAUGCUAUUCAAGAUGCAGUUGGACCCCCUAAGCAAGCAGCAGCAGAUCGCAGGACUGUGGAGAAAACUUGGAAACUCAUGGACAAAGUGGUCAGACUGUGCCAAAAUCCCAAACUUCAGUUGAAGAAUAGCCCACCAUAUAUACUUGAUAUUUUACCUGAUACAUAUCAGCAUUUGAGACUUAUAUUGAGUAAAUAUGAUGACAACCAGAAACUUGCCCAACUCAGUGAGAAUGAAUAUUUUAAAAUCUACAUUGAUAGUCUAAUGAAAAAGUCAAAAAGAGCAAUAAGACUCUUUAAAGAAGGCAAGGAGAGGAUGUACGAAGAGCAGUCGCAGGACAGACGAAAUCUUACAAAACUAUCCCUUAUCUUCAGUCACAUGUUGGCAGAAAUCAAAGCAAUCUUUCCCAAUGGGCAAUUCCAGGGAGAUAACUUUCGUAUCACGAAAGCAGAUGCUGCUGAAUUCUGGAGAAAGUUUUUUGGAGACAAAACUAUUGUACCAUGGAAAGUAUUCAGACAGUGCCUUCAUGAGGUCCAUCAAAUUAGCUCUGGCCUGGAAGCAAUGGCUCUAAAAUCAACAAUUGAUUUAACUUGUAAUGAUUACAUUUCAGUUUUUGAAUUUGAUAUUUUUACCAGGCUAUUUCAGCCUUGGGGCUCUAUUUUACGGAAUUGGAAUUUCUUAGCUGUAACACAUCCGGGUUACAUGGCAUUUCUCACGUAUGAUGAAGUAAAAGCACGGCUACAGAAAUACAGCACUAAACCCGGAAGCUACAUUUUCCGGUUAAGCUGCACUAGGUUGGGACAGUGGGCCAUCGGCUAUGUGACAGGGGAUGGAAAUAUCUUACAGACCAUACCACACAACAAGCCCUUAUUUCAAGCCCUGAUUGAUGGCAGCAGGGAAGGAUUCUAUCUUUAUCCUGAUGGGAGGAGUUAUAAUCCUGAUUUAACUGGAUUAUGUGAACCUACACCCCAUGAUCAUAUAAAAGUUACACAGGAACAAUAUGAAUUAUAUUGUGAAAUGGGUUCCACUUUUCAGCUCUGUAAAAUUUGUGCUGAGAACGACAAAGAUGUCAAGAUUGAGCCUUGUGGGCAUUUGAUGUGUACCUCUUGCCUUACAGCCUGGCAGGAGUCAGAUGGCCAGGGCUGCCCCUUCUGUCGCUGCGAAAUAAAAGGAACGGAGCCCAUAAUCGUGGACCCCUUUGAUCCAAGAGAUGAAGGUUCCAGGUGCUGUAGCAUCAUCGACCCCUUCGGAAUGCCGAUGCUGGACUUGGAUGACGACGAUGACCGGGAGGAGUCCUUGAUGAUGAAUCGGUUGGCAAAUGUUCGAAAGUGCACUGACAGGCAGAAUUCCCCAGUCACAUCACCGGGAUCCUCUCCCCUUGCACAGCGAAGAAAGCCACAUCCAGACCCUCUCCAGAUCCCACAUUUAAGCCUGCCACCAGUGCCUCCUCGCCUGGAUCUAAUUCAGAAAGGCGUAGUUCGGUCUCCCUGUGGCAGCCCAACUGGUUCACCAAAGUCUUCUCCUUGCAUGGUGAGAAAACAAGACAAACCACUCCCAGCACCACCACCUCCCUUAAGAGACCCUCCUCCUCCUCCACCUGAGAGACCUCCCCCAAUCCCCCCUGACAAUAGACUGAGUCGUCACUUCCUUCACAUGGAAAGUGUGCCUUCCAGAGACCAGCCGAUGCCUCUGGAAGCCUGGUGCCCUCGGGAUGUGCUUGGGACUAAUCAGUCAGUGGGAUGUCGCCUCCUAGGGGAUGCCUCUCCAAAGCCUGGAAUCACAGCGAGUUCAAAUGUAAAUGGAAGGCACAGUAGAAUGGGCUCUGACCCAGUGCUUAUGCGGAAACACAGACGCCAUGAUUUGCCUUUAGAAGGAGCCAAGGUCUUUUCCAAUGGUCACCUGGGAAGUGAAGAAUAUGAUGUUCCUCCCCGGCUUUCUCCUCCCCCUCCAGCUGCCACCGUUCUCCCCAGCAUCAGGUGUACUGGUCCAUUAGCAAAUUCCCUUUCAGAGAAAACAAGAGACCCAGCAGAGGAAGACGACGAUGAAUACAAGAUUCCUUCAUCCCAUCCUGUUUCCCUGAAUUCACAACCAUCUCAUUGUCAUAAUGUAAAACCUCCUCCUAGGUCUUGUGAUAAUGGUCACUGUAUAUUGAAUGGAACACACGGUACGUCUUCAGAGAUGAAGAAAUCAAACAUCCCUGAGUUAGGCAUAUAUUUAAAGGGAGAUGUUUUUGACUCAGCUUCUGAUCCAGUGCCAUUACCACCUGCCAGGCCUCCAACUCGGGACAAUCCAAAGCAUGGUUCUUCACUCAACAGGACGCCCUCUGAUUAUGAUCUUCUCAUCCCUCCAUUAGGUGAAGAUGCUUUUGAUGCCCUCCCCCCGUCCCUCCCACCUCCCCCACCUCCCGCAAGGCAUAGUCUCAUCGAACAUUCAAAACCUCCUGGCUCCAGUAGCCGACCAUCCUCAGGACAGGACCUUUUCCUCCUUCCUUCAGAUCCCUUUUUUGAUCCAGCAAGUGGCCAGGUUCCUUUGCCUCCUGCUAGGAGACUACCAGGUGAAAAUGUCAAAUCCAACAGAACAUCACAGGACUAUGAUCAGCUUCCUUCAUCUUCAGAUGGUUCACAAGCACCAGCCAGACCUCCUAAACCACGACCCCGCAGGACUGCACCAGAAAUUCACCACAGAAAACCCCACGGGCCUGACGCAGCAUUGGAAAAUGUCGAUGCAAAAAUUGCAAAACUCAUGGGAGAGGGUUAUGCCUUUGAAGAAGUUAAGAGAGCCUUAGAGAUAGCCCAGAAUAAUGUCGAAGUGGCCCGUAGCAUCCUCCGAGAAUUUGCCUUCCCCCCUCCCGUCUCCCCACGUCUAAAUCUAUAGCAGCCAGGACUGUAAACACCAGAACACAAAGCAAUUGCUGAAUGUUCCAGAUGUGUGGAAAGGAGAAAAGUGAGAUGGAAUUCAAGAGAGAACAUCUCCUCCUCACGUGGCAUCUUGAGAAGAGAAAGGCUUGGAAGUGCUGCUUCUCAGAAGACAGCUUCUUGCUCAGGAUGCCAAUGGCCACGGCUUCCUUAUUUUUGCUAGCCAUACUUUUAAAUCAGGGUUGAACUGACAAAAAUAAUUUAAAGACGUUUACUUCCCUUGAACUUUGAAUCUGUGAAAUGCUUUUCCUUGUUUACAAGUUGGCAAAGUUGCAGUUUGUUUUUUAGUUUUGUUUGGGGACUUUUUUGAUACCUGUACUGUGUUCUUGAUAGACCCUCUGUACAGUGGUCAGGUCUGCUGUAACAUUUUCUACCAACUCCCUUGCUGUCUGUGUCAACAGCUAAGUCACAUACUCAUUGUGAUCGUUCCCAUCCCACCCCCCCCAAACCCAGGUCCAGUUCCAUUUCUCCCAUUUACAAGAUGCUUUAAAGGUUCUGAUUUUCAACGUAUCAAAUUAAUGCAAAAAAAGUGUGUGGCCUUCACUACUGAGUCUUUUCUUUGGAAACCAUCACUGUUGAGAGAUGGGGAAAAUCUGAAUGUAUAAAGCAUUUUUUGGUCAAUGAAUGCCUUUUAUAAGGGGUUUUCAUAUAAUAUAGAAGAGCUUCCGUUUUUGUGUAAGUUUUGUGAUCUUCCACACUCUCAUCUUUGUCAUCCCAGGGGUGUCACGACUCUAAAAAAAAAAAAACCUAAAAUAUUAGAAAGCAACUACCGCAGAGGUGGGAGAAUACGCUUGCACAUGACAAUGCCGUAUUGAAGUUAUAUAAUGAGGCCCCCUGAUAUUUAUGCCACAUUACUUUGAGGCAUGCUGAGUAAGAGGACCGUCUCCCAGAAAUACUUAAUGAUUUUCAGAUAAAACUAUGACCAUACCUUUCCAAAGUGGAAUAGAGUUCAUUUCCUGUUUGAGUGAUUACACUCUGGUACCUAAAAAGUGUAGGAACCAGUUCAUAUUGCAGUGGAAACGUUACAUCUUUGACGCACUGUUAAGUGCUAAUGCUACUGUGGCAAUGUUUAUUUUUCUUUUGCAAAAUUCUUAGUAAUUUUCUCUCUCCCAUCAAAUUAGAGUUUGUAUUUAAUUUUUUGAUUCUCUCAUUCAUUGCUCCUCUUUGCUCCAUCCAGUCAGGUAUAAGACAUUUAUAUAGUUUUGCCUUUUUUGCAAAAUGGAGGUUGGUUCUUCAGAAACCGUGUUAUUACUUUUAAUAAACCUACAAAUAUUUAUUGGGCAUCUAUGAUGUGCUCCACGCUGUCAGGCACUGUGUUCUUAAAGCACAAACCGUCACAAACUGAUUCCAUUGUAAUAUUCUGUUAUCCUUUAUCUGCACUUUUGGUGGUGAAAGUGUCUCUGCUGGACAAAGCCUGGAAGGGUUCCACCAGUGCUUUAGAAUUUUCAGGCAAUCUGCUUUUUUUUUUUUAUUAUUAAGUUAGUGAAGAAAUUAGACAAAACCAGGUCUGUGUUAAAUGCUUGAACCCACAGAAGGUUUCCUAAACGUGGACUGAUUGCAGGUUUGUGCACGUUUCUGCCACUCCUUUAACUUCACACAGUGUGAUGUAAAAAGAUGCAUCUGAUAGUGAGCCUUCCUUCAGGAUUUGAAAGCAUGUAACCAAACACGUGGCAGAGCCAAAGGAAAUUAACAGUCAAGACUUGUGUAGUCAUUGCGUUGACCUGGGGAGGGAACUAACGCAUUCCUUUGUGAGCUGACAUGUGCCCUUACUUGACAGUUUGAUCUCCUGACAUGAGGAGUCACAGGCCUUGGAUAGUUUGUGCUCAUAUUUUAAUUUCUUCAGCUGAUUCUGAGCUGGUUCAUGUCCCUGGAAGAGAAUUUUUAAUUUGCUUUAGAUGUUCUUCCUGUAAGUAGGUAUAUGAGGGCAGUUUUUUACACUUUUAAAAACUGCAUUGGCUAAUUCUCCAUUGCUUUAUGAACUCCAUGUUAUGUCAUCAUGAUUUUUCAUUUAUUAGUUUCUGAUGUCACGUUGGAAUAGCACUGUGGUUUUUUUUUAUGACUUGCUGAUCUUAGGUACAGUCUAAAAGCCAAAAGUUGCCACUUCAUUGUGAUAACAUUAUUAUAACAUUCUUAAUAGAUUAGGGAAGGAUGUAAAAUACGAAUGUUAGGAAGUAUAGUAUAUUCUCAUUCAAACAAUUUUCAAAAAUGUGAAAAUUUCCAGUGAGGAUUAGAAAAAGACUGGUGACAAUAUAGAAAAUUUAGGCCUGAGUUUUUAAAAAUCUAUUUUGCAAAGAAAACUUACUAGCCUCCACCAAAAUCUCUCUGUAUCUAGUACUCAACAGCAACAAUUAGUUUUAUCAUUAAAAAGAACGAAUCAAAAUUUUGUAUGGAAUGGAAAGAGCAAAACUGUCAAAUGUUAUCAUGAAAAACCUAUUGCUACCUAUUACCUAUGACUUAUCAAACUCAAAAGUUUUUUUUUGGAAAUAAUUAAACCAAAAUACAUUUUUAAAUUAUAAAAGUGACUAGCCAUUAAUGGUUGGAAAUGAACCAGGUUUGGUUUCACUGUGAUCCAAAAAGUUUGACAUUCCUUCCAUGUCUCAAGACUUGGUAAUAUGAUUAUUUUUAAAGCCAGUAUGACAUAUAAUUCAUAUAAUUAAAACAGAUUGUGGCCAACAUUAACCUGCUCUCCCCGGUCCCCCAACAUAUUCUGGGGGUAGAAAUACUUAUCCUCAAAGAUAGUCCAGUAAAUUAAUCUCCACAAUCUCUUUUUCCCCUUGAUGUCUAUAAUAUCUAUCCUGGCCAAAUUUUCUAGAAUUGAAUCAGCAGUGCUUAUGGUGAUCUUGAACUUCCUUCCACAAAGAUGACCUUUAGCCCUUCCCCAUCCAUAUUCCCUUGCCUAUAUUGCGAAUAGUAAUAGAGCCCUAACUGCAACUUCAAAGGGCCCAUUGGUUAACUCAGUGUUUCACACACAAGAACACUUGCAAUGAUUUCUUCGUAAUGUGAAUUUUUUCUCUUUCAGUUCCAGAAGCAUUUCCUACGGUUUGGACAUUAUUUUUCCUCUUGGAUCUUCAACUUGAAGCUUUAAUUUGCACUGAAUUGUCUAACCUGGUUAAAAUUUUAAUCUUUUCUCUUAUGCUGACAGAUUUGGAAGCAAAUUACAGUAUGUUUUCAACAAUACAGGUACUGCCUGUUGACCUGGAAUUUUAAUGCUUCUAGGAAAAGUUUCCAGAAAAUGACAGCAGUUGAGUGAAGGGUUUUCUUCCCAAUUUACUGUUUUAUUUUUUUAAUGCCUUUUUAAAACUUGUCUAAUAUGGCAAAAUAGUUAUGUGUUCAAUUAAUUUAUAUUUUAUUCAUCCUUUUUCAAUUCUGGUUAUUAU